AUGGAAGAUCCAAGCAGCAAUCUGGGGGACAGCACUGGGGCCCUGGCAUCCUGGUGCAAAAGGACUGUUUGGGGUGCCUUGCAGCAGGAGGCCCUGCUGACAGCUUUUGCCAUGAACCCUUACUCAAGCUUCAGGGCCAGGCAGGACCUGGCCAGCGAAAUGGGGCAUGAGUCCCACAUCCACUUGUGGUUUCAGAACCACAGCAAUCGCACAAGGCAUGAGCGCCAAGGUCCCCAGGGGUCGGCUGGAGGAAGCGGGCUAGGGUCCAUUCAGCUACCCGAAGAGCCUGCUUUUGAGAACGUCCCACGCCUGACAUAUAAUGCCAGGAUGAAUCUCGCCCAAGAGACCGGUUUGCCUGAGGACACACUUCACAUCUGGUGUCAGAACCAGAGAACACGCCGCCCUGGUGGUGGCAGGGGCACAGCUGGAGGUCAAGACUCACUGGCACAGGCGCUGCCACCUCCACUGCACCAGCUGCUGCUUCCCUUGCUGCUGCCUCUGCGACCACCUCCUCUGAGCCCACAGCCUUCACCUGGGCCCUCUGGGGACCUGGAAGGAGCUCCAUGCAGCUGGGAGAUUGAGCAGCAUGCCCAAGACAGCCUGUUGCCACCGGCUGCUGCACUAGUCUUGGGUGUCCAGACUUUCAGUCCGCCCUCCCCAACAGCCUCCUUCCCAGUGUCCUCACCUGCAGCAGCAGCACAGCCCCCUGGACCAUGUCACCAAGGCCACUGGGAACCCAGCCUUGUCGAAGGCAACACCUUUACAGUGGACGAUGUCGAGCUCAUGGUUGAUCAACUGCUGACAGAACUCCAGGCUGAACAGGAGGGGGAGGCCACGGCUGAGAGCCUGGCAGGAGGAGCGGGCAGCACCCCAGCCCAAAAAGGACUUCUAAGGCCUCCAUUCCAGACCCGGAAGGGGACCGCAAGAGGCCAGGGAGGGGGAGAACCGCGCCAGGGGAAAGACACAGGCACGGCGCGCCGGAGCACGGCCCACGCCAGGGCACGCCGGCCGCGGCCGGGGGGAAACCACCCGAAAAGGAGAGUGCGAACCCCACCGAAAGGCGCCGGGGCCGGAAACCAGGGGACCGGCCGAGGCGACGAAGCACCAGGCGCGCCAAAGGGCCGAGAGAAGGGAGGCAGCAGCGAACAACCGAAGCGGCGGAAACGGAGGGGGACGGCCGCACAGGCCCGCAAAGCCCCAGGGAAGCCCAGGGAGGGCCCACAUGGGAGGCGGAGAGGACAACGCCAGGGAGAAGGCCGGGCGGAGGGGCCCCCCCGAGGGGGACCCCACAAGAAACAAGCACCGCGGCCGGCGGGCGCCAGGCGAGGGCCGAGCCGUGCCCGGCGGGCGGAGGCGGGCGAGGGAGGGGGAGGACGAGGGGAGCGCACAGAGAAGGGAACCGAGCCCGGGGGAGCAAAAGGCCACAGGAAAGAGGAGCGAGAAGCACACAGAGAGGCCCGGAGGGAGGGGGACAGGACCGGACGGGCCGAAGCGGGCCCAGGAGCGGAGCCCCAGGGCAGGCGAGCGCGCGCGGGGCCGCCGUCCGCCGGGGGGGAGAGAGAGAGACGGCCGGGGAGGCAGCGCAACCGGGCAGCGCAGGGCCAGGCAGGCCGGGCCCCCCCGCCCGAGCGGACCAGAAGGGCCCCACAGGAGCCCCAGGGGCCAAACAGACAGCGCAGCCACGAAGACAGGGAGGCCCACGGCCGGGGGCCGCCCAAGCGAGGCAAGGGGCGCACGAGGCAGAUGGCACGGAGCCAGGGGAAAGGCGGCGCAGGGGGAGGCCAGAGGCAGGGGGCCAGAGGGCGAGGGGGCCCGGGCGGGGGCCAAGCGGGCGGCGCAAAGAGGCGGGCGCGCACGAGCCCGCCGCGGGCGCACCAGGGGGACGCCCGCCCGCAGCGCCAACGGGGCCCAGGCAAGAAGCGCGGCAGGCCACGGCCAGCAGGGAGGGAGGAGAGGGCGAGCACGACCGGGAGGGGGGGCAGCCCACCACCAGACGAGGGCAGGGGGGCGGGCGCGCCACCAGGCCAGGAGGCGACAGGAGGGCGCGGGAGGAGGCGGGGGACGCGCGAGCACGGGGGCGGCGGCGAGGCGGGGGCGGCAGGAGCAGGGGCGGGCGAGCCGGGCCCGAGGGGCGGAGCAGCGGGGAGCGCGGCGCCCCGAAGCGCGCGGGGCCGCAGACCGGGCCCGGAGGACCCCACGCCGGCCACCGGGCCAGGGAGGGCGCAGCAGGCCGGGCCGGGGCAGCCGGGGCGCGCGGGGCCGCCGGGGGAGCCGCCCCGGGAGAGUCAGUGGGAGGCAGCAGGAGAGCGAGGAGGCCGAGAGAGCAAGACCACGGGGCGGGCGGGACGCGGCGGACCGCAACGCGGACGCCGGCGAGAGCCGCCAGGGCCGGCAAACGGGAGGCCAGGCGGGGAGCGGGGAAACAACCCCGGACAAGCGGGCGCGCCCGCGGAGGAAGAGGCCAGGGCCGCCGCAGGCGCGGGAGACAGGGAGGGGAAGGCGCGGGGGGAGAGAGGGGGAGAGCGACACCAGCGGGCAGCGGAAGGGCAGGGACGAGGAGCGGGACCCCACCGGGGACGGAGGGGAAGGGCGGGCAGGGGGAAGGGGGGGGCGGGGCAGCAGAAGGAGGGAGGCGGGGGAGCGAGGGGGGAGCCGGGGCGGGAGGCAAAGGAGGCGGAGAGGAAGGGAACGAAGAGCAGGACGGAGGCCGGAGGGAAGGGGGCCCGGCGGGAGGGCGGGGGGACGAGAAGGGGCGGGGGAGCGGGGGCAGCGAACGGCGCGGGCGGAGGCCCACCGCGGCCCGGGACCACCCGGCGCGCGCCACCCGCGCGGACAGCCGCGCGGGGGACCGGGGAGGCGGAGGAGGGGCCGGGGGCAGGCGGCCGCGCGGGGCGGCGCGACGCCGCGGGACGGGGAAGGGCGCCAAGGCGAGGGGCAGGCCGCGGGAGAGCCCCGAGGCCGCCAAGCCGAGCCAUAGCAGAACGCCAGGGAAAGGAGAGGAAGCCGGAGCCAGACGGAGAGGGCGGGCGGGGAGGGCCAGAGGAGGACACUAGCAGCAGGGACCCGGCGCCAGGGAGGGGAGCGAAAGCCCGACAGGGGGAAAGCAACAGGGGCAAGGGGAGGGGAGGGCCGGGGAGGAGCCCAGGGAGCAGAGGAGGAGCGGCGGCAGACCGGCGCGAGGACCGGGAGAGAAGGAGAGAGCAGAGGAAGGCCACGGCAGGCCAAGGGAGCCGGAGGGAAGCGGCGGGAGGGGCCCAAAAGGCAGAGGCAGGAGGGCCCGGGGAGGGGAGGCGGCAGGCGGAAGGGCCGGGGGCCAGGGAGAGGGGCGCCAACCGCCCGGGACGCGGGAGGCCCGGGCAGGGGCCCGGGGCGGAGGGGCGUGAGAUAGUGCGCGGCCACCCGAGACAGCCCACAGACCGCCGGCGCAAGCGGCGGGGGAGGCACCCGGCCCACCCAGGCCCCAGGCGCAGCCCGGACCCGGGGCGGCGCGGCCAAGCCAGGCGCCCAGGCGGCCAGGCCCCAGCAGCAGGGGAGGGGCGGGCCGCCAGCCAGGCGAGAAACCGGGGCCCACGCCGGGAGGCACCGCCAGGCGGGCGCGGGCCGGCGGAGCGGGCCGGCGGAGACGCGCAGGGCAGGAGGCGGGGCGGCCGAGGCCAGAGUAAGAGCCAAGCAGCAAGCGGGGACAGCACGGGGCCCGGGCAGGGGGGCAAAGGACGGGGGCCGGCAAGCAGGAGGCCCGGCGGACAGCCGGGGCCAGGACCCGGACGCAAGCGGCAGGGCAGGCAGGACCGGGCCAGCGAAAGGGGGGAGGAGGCCCACAGCCACGGGGGGGCAGAACCACAGCAAGCGCACAAGGCAGGGCGUCCAAGGCCCCAGGGAGGCGGCGGGGAGGAAGCGGGCGAGGGCCAGGCAGGACCCGAAGAGCCGGCCAGGGGGAAAGAAGCAGCACCGAGGAGGCGAAAACCAGGCGGGGCACGGCACGCAGCGCGGCACAGGGCAGGCAGCGGGCGCCAGCGGGGGAGAAGGCCCACGCCGGACAGAGAGGCCAGGGGCACAGCGGGGGGCAAGACGCACGGGCACAGGCUAGCGGCCACCGGCCACGGCAUCCAGCGGGCGGCCCGGGCGGGCCGCGGCGACCACCGCGCGGGGAGCCCCAGCCGGCACCGGGCCCGCGGGGACGGGAAGGAGGGCCAGGCAGCGGUGAGAGGGAGCAGCAGGCCCAAGACAGCCGGGGGCCACCGGGGGGCACGAGGCGGGGGCCAGACGGGGCAGGGCCGCCCGCCCCAACAGCCGCCGGCCCAGGGCCGCACCUGGCAGCAGCAGCACAGCCCCGGGACCAGGCACCAAGGCCACGGGGAACCCAGCCGGGCGAAGCAACAACCGGGAACAGGGGACGAGGGCGAGGCGCAGGAGCAACGGCGACAGAACGCCCGGCGAACAGGGAGGCCCACGACACGCGGAAGGCCAGGCGCCAACACGGGACGGGCGCGGAGGAACAAGAAGACCAGACCCGACGGCGGGAGCGGGCGGAAACCAGCAAGGCGGCCAGCCGCAGGCCCAGGCCGCGCAGCACGGGACGGGGCACCAAGCACCGACGGACGCCCGGCCCCAGGGGGAGGCACGGCGGAGAGGCCGGGCAGGAGGAGCGCGGCAGCACCCCAGCCCAAAAGGACGGCGAAGGCCGCCAGGCCGGCAGGAGAGGGAACAGAGGGGGGGGAACAAGGCAGCGCCAGGCCAGAGCGGCCACGCGGCCCGAAGCGCGGGCGCAGCACACGGGAACGCCCCAAAACGCGGACGCGGCGCGAAGACCGACACCACAGAGAGCCCCCAAAAAGGCCACCCGAGGCCACAAAAAGCCAACAACGUGAGAGGGCCGAGCGGGCGGCGGGGCGCGCAGGGCGGCCGCGGCCCGACCACGGGCCCCGCCACCAGGCGGGCGGCGGGGAGCCAGGGCGGAAGGCCGGAGGGGACACCCGGCCGGCCCGGCAAACCACAGGAGGCACCGGCGGCGACCGGCAGGAGAGCGCGAUAGCGCAGCAGCGGGCCGCAAACGGCAACGGGCCACGGGACGUGGAGCGCAGCGAGACCACCAGACGGAGGAGAACGGUUGGGGAAUGGGACGCAGGAGAAGGGGGAGGCGGCGAAGGACAGAACAGCACAGACACGAGAGGGGGAAGCGGCGGCAAGGACGCAGACCAAGAGGGAGGGAGACAGGGACGGGGGAAACACGGCAAGCGGCCAGGAGGGGGACAAACAGAGAAGCAACAAGGAGGGACCACACGGGCGGCAGAAGUGAGGAACAGAGCGAGGAGGAGAGCCGGGACGGGGCGGGGGCCCGCAUGCCGGACAGAGAACAGGGACGCCCGAGCGGAGGGCCGGCGACACCGGGGGGCGGGAGCAAAGAAAACCCGGCAGCAGGCGACCAGGGCAGGGGGAAAAGAGCGGAACCGGGCGGGGGGAGAAGGCACCGGGGGGGGGGCGACCGAGCGAAGCGGGCCAGAACGGGAACGGAGGCCAGGGGGCAGACCAGGAGGGGCACACAGCGGGCCAGGACGGCAGAAGCGCCCGGAAAAGGGAAGGGCGCGAAAGAAGGGAAAGCGAAGGAGGAAGGGAGGGGCACCAGCGACCCGGGAGAGAAAAAAACGCGAGCCCGUAAGAAGGAGAGGAAGGGCGAAGCCGGGAACGGCGGCCGCAGCGGCGGGCGGCGGCGCGGGGGGGAAGGGCCGAGGAGGGCCGACCGGGACGGCAGGCGCGCGGCGCGAGAGGCGGGGCCGCGGAAGAGAAGGCGGGCUGCGCGAAAGCAAGGCAGGAAGGCCGCCAAACGGAGAGACCGCGGGACGGGGCCGAAAAGCGGGAAGCAGAGGGGGGGGAGGGAGCCACGGCGGAGAAGCAGGACGCGCGGAGGGGGCACAGCAGGAACAGAAGAGGGAACGGCGGGAAGGAGACCACAGGAAACAACAUAGAAGGACAGGGGCAAAGAGAAGAAGCAGAGGGCGAGCCAGGCGCGGCAAAGCAGAGCGGCGGGGGGCCGGGAGUCGGGCACCGGAGGCGGGCAAGGAGGAGGGGCGCCGGGGCAGGACCCGAGGGCCGCGGACCCCCGGGCCCACGGAACGACCGGAGCCAAGGCAGGGGCAGGCAGCGACACCGGCAGGGCGGGGCAAAACGGCGAGAAAAAGGAGAGGGGGCCGGGGAGGAGGGGGGGGGGGGAGGGGCAGGCACAGCGAGGGGGGACAGGGCGGGACACAAAGGCAGAAAAGGAGAGGAAAACAGGAGGGGCCCGGGGGAGAGCACCAUGAGGCCCCGGAGAGGAAGCCCCGGAAAAGGAGGGGAGCGGAAGCCAUGGAAGGCCCAGGAAACCGGGCGGGAGCCGCACAGCAGGAAGGACAGACCCACGAAGCCACAGCCAGAGGGGGGGAUGGGGAAGGCAAACGGAGGGGCGCACAAGCGAGGCGGGAACCAGGACGCCAGGCGGGGCCAGCAGGCCCAGACGCCAGGGGGGGCAGAAAGACCGGGGGCCGGCCGGCCCAGACAGGGCCAGGCGGGGGGCGGAAGGGCCGCCCGCCCGGGGGGAGCGGGGAGGAGCAAAGGCCAGCAAAGCAAACGGGAAGGCGCCGCCAAGGGCCGGACGGCAAGGAACCGGGGCGGCCCGACCGGGAGCCAACGGAACGGGCAGGGCGGCGGCCCGAGCAGAACCGCGGACGGGCCAGAGUACACACGGGGCGGGCACACAGAGGCCGCCACCAGCGGGAACCCGGGGCCGGACAGGGCACCCCCAGAGCGAGGGAGGGCAGGGGGGGAAGGGGAAUGCAGAGAAGGCAAACAAAAGAACAAGAGCACGGGACGGGCGGCGCGGGCAAGGACCGGGGGGCAAGGCAAGCACCCACAGUGGGCACGACGAACGCCCAAGCACGCAGGGGCAAACCAGCGCGCGCCGCCGGGCGGGCGCGGCCCCGGGGAAAGCGCGGGGACGCGAGACCCGGGGGCAGCCGGCGGCGUAGGAGGUCCCGGGGGGAGAGAGAGGAGGGGGGCACACAGGAGGCGGGGGACGGGAUGCGGGGAACCACCAGGGGGGGGGGGAAGGGAACCCAGGCCGGGGCAAGAGCAGCAAGGCAAGGGCGCGGGGCGGGGGCAGGCGCGGCGGCCCGGCACCCCCGGGAACCCGCCGAGCGCGGGGGGGCGGGAAGGCCCAGGGACCGGGGGGCGCCGCGGGGAAGAGACAAACGGGGCGCGGGAAGGCAGAGGCGGCGGAGAGGGAAGAAGCCCGCAGGGACAGGCGACAGGGGCGGAAAAGGCCGGCCGCCAACGCGCCGGGGGACCGGAGGGCCCAAGAGGCGCGGGCCACAGGAAAGAACAACCGACCGGAGGACAACAAAACACGGGCGCAGGACGGGAGGGGGGCGGCGCCGGAAAUGGCAACAGGGGAGCAAAGCGGGAGGAGAAGGAGCGGGGCGGGCCGAGGGGGAAGAGGCAGAGCAGGACCGAAGAGCAAACCACGGGCGACACGGGAGCGAAAGGGAGAAAGCAGGACGGCAAAAGGGGCACACAGCGGCCAAAGGACAGGAGCAGCGCCGGGCAAGCAGGGGGCGAAAGGGGAGGGAAGCCAGGGGCCGGGCAGGCAGGAACGGGGAGGAGCAACGGGACAAGGGAGGGCGGGCAGGGGAGAAGCAAAGAGCAAAGGAGAGGGCGGACAGGAACAGGGGAACCAAGCAAAAGACAGGGGGCAAACGGAGGGAGGGAAGGGCAAACAGAGGACCACAAAGGGGCGGGGCGGAGGGCCAAGGAAGGGCCGCGGACGGGAACGCCGGGGAGAAGGGAGGACGGGGAAAGGGGGCGCGGGCCCCGCGGGGCGAGGCCCCGGCGACCCCGCAGCAAGGGGCCCGAAGCAAGGGCCAGGCGACACGGAACCACGCAGAGCGGCGGGCAGAGGCGGGGCGGGCACGCGGCCGGCGGCGCGGGGCAAGCGGGAAGGAGGGGGGGCCGGGGGAGGAAGGCCAAGAAGGGAACGCGGAAGGGGCCGGGAGGGGCCCCAGAAAAGAGGAAGGAGGCCGCAAAAGGGGCGGCAAGACCCCCACCGAGGAGAAGGACAAAGACGGCGAGCGAAGAGAGAAGGAAAGGAAAGGGCAGGCCACGCAGAGGCAAGGCACAGGCGCAGCCGACAGCAGCGGCGAGGAGCAGGACAGGAAGAGCCAGGCCGACAAGAAGGAGGCAGGGACAAAGAAGAGGGGCGCAGCAAGGGGCGAGGGGGCAACCCCCGAACGGGAGCGGAGAGAGAAGAAGGAGGGAGAGCCAGGACCGGGACGGGAGCGGAGGACGGACAGGGAACCGAGGGGGAAGCAGAAGGGAGGAAAACAGAAGGGCAGAAGGGACAGGGCAGGGAAAGAGGAGCGAGGACCGACCCCCCGGGGGCCGGCGCACCCCACAGGCAAAGGGGAAAAGAGGGCACACAAAGGAAACCAGGGGAGAACAAGGAGGGAAAGGGGAGGGGAGACAGAACAAAGGGGGAGAAGGAAAAACGACAGCGAGGCCGGAAGCGCGGGGCCGGAGGAGGAACCACAAAAGAGAAAAGGAAGGCGAGACGCAGGAGAGCGGGGAAGCAGGCGGGAAAGGGGAAACGACAUGGGGAAUGGCGAGGGGCACCCGACCGGGCGAGGGCCGGGCCCAAGGAACGGGAGAAAAAGGCACGGCGGGGGGGAGGAAAAGGGCAGCAGCGCGGCACAACAGACGCGCGGCGGGGCGGCGGGCGGCGCGAAGCCCCACGGAGCGGAGGACCGCACCCCGGGCGCCGCAGGCGGGGGCGAGCGGAGAGGCCAGGGCCGGGCAAAGGGAAGGGAGGAAAGAGGAGGAGGCGGAGAGCGCGAUCGGGAGGAGAAGCAGGGGCAGCCCGGAGGGGCCGGGGCCGCCGGGGCAGCCGGGAGGGCCGGCAGCAGCGGGGCAAGCAGGAGCGCGACAGCGGGCCACCGGGAAGGGGGGCCGGCCACCGGGGGGGGGCCGGGGGGCCGGGGGGCAGGGCCAGAGGGCGGGCCGCGGCGGCAGGGGGGACGCCGGGAAGGAGGCGGGGGGAGGGCGGACGCAGAGGCGGGACGCCCACGACGAGGGCAGCGGCCGGGGCAACAGGCGGGGGGGCAGGCGGCGCAGGCGCCCAGCCGCAGGGGGCGCCGGCCGGGGCCCCAGGGGGCCCAGGGGAAGGCGGGGGCGCCGAGGCGGGGGGCAGAGGCAGCGGACAGCGGGGCGGGGGAGGCGGCGGCCCCAAGGCCAGCGAGGCGGGACCGCCAGCGGGGGCCCCGGCCACCACCAGGGGGCGGGCGCGCCGGGCGGACACCAGAGGGGUGGGGGGCCGCAGGCAAACCGGGCGCUGGGGCGAGCGGCACCCGGGCAGCAGAGGCGGGCGGGGGCCGUGGCAAAGGCGCGGAGCAAGAGGGGCGGCGGGGCAGGGCGGAGGCGAGGGGCGAAGCCGGGGGCGGCCCGCCGCGGGGCGGCGGCGGCCACCGCGGGCCCGGGCACCGGGCGCGGGGCGGCGCGGCGGGGAACCGAGCCCGCGGGGACCCGCCGACCCCGCGGGGCCGGGGCGCGCAGCCCGGGGCGAGGCGGCGGGGCGGAAACCACACGCGGAGGCGGGACGCAGGCAGCCCCAGGGCGCGGGCCAGGGCCGGCCGGGCCCGGAAGCGCGGGGAAGGGGGCCGGGCGAAAGCGGGCAGCAGCGCCGCCGGCGGCCAGGCGGCCCAAACAGGCCGGGGGCGCCGGGAGGCCAGGGCCCCAGGGCGGCCCCCAGAGGGCGGCGGGGAGCGGCCAGCCGGGCCGAGGAAGCCGCAAAGGACGCCGGCCACGGGCGAGGCGAAGCAGGACCGCGCAGCAGGAAGGCGCCAGCCGGGAAGGAGGGCCGCCAGGAGGGGCCCAGGGCGGGAGAGCCGGGCGGGCGGCCCCGCCCACGACCCGGCGGCCGGGGGCCGGGGGCCGGGGGCAGCCGGGGAUGGGAGCGCAGCCCAGGGGGGGACCAGGCGGGGGCGGGGGGGGGGAGGGGGCCGCAGCCCGCGGGCGGGCCAGGAGGGCAGCCGGGAGGGCCACGGGGGCAGAGCACGCCACCGCCGCCAAAGGGACCCGGAAGGGGACCGCAAGAGGCCAGGGAGGGGGGAGAACCGCGCCAGGGAAGACACAGGCACGGCGCGCCGGAGCACGCCCACGCCAAGGGCACGCCGGCCGAGCCAGGGGGGGAAAACCCACCCGAAAGCAGAGGAACCCCACCCGAAGGCGGCGGGGCCGGAAACCAGGGCCGGCCGAAGACCGCCGAAGCAGCAGGCGCGCCAAGGGCCGAGAGAAGGGGGCAGCAGCGAACCCGCUGAAGCCGCGAAGCCCAGGGGACGGCCGCACAGGCCCCGCAAAGCCGCACGGAAGCCAGGGGGAGGGCCACGCGGAGGGCGGGAGAGAGACGCCGGGGAGAAGGGGCCCGGCGAAGGGGCCACCCCCGACGGGGACCGCCACAGAAACAAGCACCGCCGCCGGCGGGCGCCAGGAGGGCCGAGCCGGGCCCGGGCGGGCGGAGGCGGGCGAGGAGGGGAGGAGGAGGGAGCUGCACAGACAAGGAACCAGCCGGGGAGCAAAGGCCACAGGAAAGAGGAGGCGAGAAGCACACAGAGAGGCCCCGGCAAACAGCACAGACGCAGACGCAAGGGCAGAGAGAGGGGGGAGAGAGACGGGGGGGGCCAGGGCCGAGAAGGGAAAAGCCCAACGGAGGAAGGGAGAGGCACCCAGGGGAACACAGACAAGACAGAAGCCCACAACAACCAAGACCAAAGAAGGAAACACACAACAAGACCACCCAAAAGAACAGGAAGGAACAGGCACGGAGCAGGACGAGCCAGGAAGAGCAGAAAACGCAAGGGCCGAAAGAAAGGGACAGGCGCACCCAAGAGAGACCAAAACAGAAGUCCACCCGGCGGCGGCACACAAGAAACACACUGGCAACCGGGGGCACACAGGCCCGAAAAGGCAAGGGGGGCGCAAGGCGGGCCAGGCAAAGGACCGGAAGAAGCAAGCAAGCGGGAGGAGCGAGCCGAAGAGCGAACCAAGAGACGGCAAACGAAAAGGGAGCCAAAGAGGACGGAGGAGGACAGGGCAGAGGCGGCAGAGGGAGAGACGGAGGGCGAAGGGGGGGGGGCCAAAAGCGACAGGAAGGGCCGCAAGGGGGCAGGCGGAGGGAGGGAGCGAGAAAAAAGCGGCCCGAGGGAGGGAAGCGAGAGGCAGAAAGACAAACGGGGGAGGGACGCACGCCGAGGAGGGAGGAGAGGGAAAGAGCGAGGGACGAGCCGGCGACGCACAACGCCAGGGAGGCGACCAAGAAAAGAGGACCCAAAGAAAGACACAGGGAGGGCCCAAGGACAGGGAAAGGGAGGAGAACGCCAGGGACCAGGGGGACGGGAGGGGGAAGGAAGGGCAAGGGCGGAGGAAAAGAGAGCGGAGGGGAGCAGGAGAGCCCAGCGGGAGCGAGAACAGAAAGGGAGAACAAGGAGCGACAGCCCAGGAGGAGGGAAGAGCAGCGGAGACGCGGAAGAAGCAAAGGGCGAGAGAGGGCUCCCAGCAAGCCGCAAAGAGACCGCCGGGAGACGACGGGGCAAGGGGGAGAGAAAGCCCCCAACGGACCGAGGCGGGGGGAGGGCCAAAAACCCGAAGGGCGCAGAACGCGCAGCCAAGAACGGAGGCGAAGGGAGGCAGAGAGGCGCGGCCGGGGCCCAGGGGGAGCGGCUGGAGAGGGAGGCAACGGGGAAGGAAAGAGGAGGGAGAGGGAGAGCAAGAAGAGGGGAGAGCAAUGGAGGGGAAAAGCACAGGGACAAAGAGCAAACGAAGGGAAAACACAGGAACGAGGAAGCAAAAACGGAGCCAGCCGGCAACGUGGAGCAGGGCCGCGGCAGGAGGGAGACAAGGAAAGAGCGGGGGAGCACGCCAGGCAGGGGACCUCGAACCGGGCCGGAGGGAGGGGAGCGGGCGGGGGAACCGGAGGGCGCGGGGGACAGGGGGCAGCGAGGAGGGGGGACAGGACCGGACGGGCCGGAAGCGGCCAGGAGGGAAAGCAGGGCAGGCGAGCGCGCGGCGCCGCGCCGCCGGGGGAGAGAGAUGAGACGGCCCGGGGGAGGCAGCGCAACGGCAGGAGCAGGCCAGCAGGGCCGGCCCCCCGCCCCGAAGCGGACCAAAGGCCCACAGAGCCAGCCGGCCAAACAGACAGCGCAGCCACGAAGGACAGUGGGAGGGGCCCACGGCCCGGGGGGCCGGGCCCAAGCGAGGCAAGGGGCGCACGCAGGCAGAGGCACGGAGCCAGGGGAAGGGGCCGCAGGAGGCCGAGGGCAGGGCCAGGAGGGGGAGGGCCCGGGGCGGGGCCAAGCGGGCGGCAAGAGGGGGCGCGGCACGAGCCCGCCGCGGGCGCACCAGGGGGACGCCCGCCCGCAGGCGCACCGGGAGCCCAGGCAGAAAGCGCGGGCGCCACCGGCCAGCAGGGAGGGAGGAGAGGGCCAGCAGGACGGGAGGGGGGCCAGCGGAGCACCAGACGAGGGCAGAGCAGGCGGGCGCGCGACCAGGGCCAGGAGGGACAGGAGGGGCGCGGGAGGAGGGCGGGACCGCGCGAGACCGGGGCGGCGGCCGAGGCGGCAGGGGGCGGAGGGGCAGGGGCGGGCGAGCCGGGGCCGAGCGGGCGCGAGCCAGCGGGGAGCGCCGGCGCCCCGAAGCGCGCGGGGCUCAGACCGGGCCCGGCAGGACCCCCACGCACCCACCGGGGCCAGGGAGGGCGCAGCAGGGCGCGGCCGGGGGCCAGCCCCGGGGGCGCGCGGGGGCCGCGGCGGGGAGCCGCCCGGGAGGGAGCGGCGGGGAGGGCAGCGAGGGGAGAGGAGGAACGGCCGAGGAGGGAGGCAAGACCACGGGCGGGCGGGCGGACGCGAGGGACCGACGCGGGACGCCGGGGCGAGAGCCAGCCAGGCGGCAAACGGGAGGCCACGGCGGGGAGCGGGGGGAAAACAACCACCGGAACAAGCGGUGCGCGCCCGCGUGAGGAAGAGCCAGGGCCGCCGCAGGGCGCGGGGAGAGCAGGAGGGGAGGCGCGGGGGAGAGAGGGGAGAGCGACACCAGCGGGCAGCGGAAGGCAGGACGAGAAGGCGGGAUCCCCCGGAGGAGGGGAAGGAAGGGCGGCAGGGGGAAGGGCGGGGGCAGCAGAAGGAGGGAGGGGAGCGAGGGGGGAGCGCGGGCGGGCGGGAGGCAAAGGAGGCGGAGAGGAAGGGAGAGAAGGAGCAGGGGACGGGGAAGGCCGGGGAGGGAGGGGCAGGGCGACUGAGGAGGCGCGCAGAACGAGCCCGGCGGAGGGGGCGGGACGAGAGAGGGGCGGGAGCGGGGGCAGCGAACGGCCGCCGGGCGGAGCCACCGCGGCCCGGACACCCCAGGCGCGCGCCACCCGCGCGGGACCAGCCGCGCGGGGACCGGGAGGCAGGCAGGGGGCCGGGGAGGGGGAGGGCGCAGGCGAGAAGGAGCGGGGCGGCGGGAGUAGGGGCGCCAACGCCGGGACGCGGAGCCCCGGCAGGGGCCCGGGGCGGAGGGGGCAGGCGCGGCACCGGGGACAGCCCAGGCAGACCGCCGGGCAAGCGGCGGGCGGAGGCACCCGGCCCCACCAGGGCCCCAGGCGAGCCGGACCCCGGGGCGGCCGCGCAAGCCCAGGCGGGCCCAGGCGCCAGGCCCCAGCAGCAGGGAGGGGCGGGGGCCAGCCAGGCGGAGAAAGCCCGGGGCCCACGCCGGGAGGCACGCACGCCAGGGCGGGCCGGCGGAAGCGGCCGGCGGAGACGCGCCAGGGGAGGGAAGGCCGGGGAGGCGGCCGGGCCAGAGGAAGACCAAGCAGCAAGCGGGGGGACAGCACGGGGCCCGGCAGCCGGGGCAAAGACGGGGGCCGGGGCAGCAGGAGGCCGGCGGACAGCGGGCGCCAGGAAACCCGGACCCGAGCGGCAGGGCCAGGCAGGACCGGGCCAGCGAAAAAGGGGGCGGCCGGAGGCCCGCAGCCGCGGGGGGGCAGAACCACCAGCAAGCGCACAAGGGAGGAGCGCCAGGCCCCGAGGGGGCGGCGGGGCCAGCGGGCGAGGGGCCACCGCAGCGACUCCAAGAGGCCCAGGGCCGGGCACGAGGGGAAGAAGAAGGCCCGAGGAGGGACGCACCAGGCGGCGCACGCGACGCAGCCCGGCACAGCAGACCAGCGGGCGCCGAGCCGGGGAAAAGGACCCACGCGCCGACAGAGGAGGCCAGGCGGGAAGCGCGCCCAAAGAGACCGGGGCCGGAGGACACAAGCCACAGUCGGGGGCAGAACCGAGAGAACACGCCGCCCGGGGGCAGGGGCACAGCGGGAGGCAAGAGCACGGGCACAGGCGCGGCCACCGCCACGGCACCAGCCGGCGGCGGCCCCGGGCGGCGGUCCGCGGCGACACCGCCGCGGAGCCCACAGCCGGCACCGGGGCCCCGCGGGGAACCGGAAGGAGCACCAGGCGGCGGGGAGACGGAGCAGCAGGCCCAACACAGCCGGGGCCACCGGCGGCGGCACGAGGCGGGGGGCGGCCAGGACGCGGAGGCCGCCCGCCCCAACAGCCGCCGGCCCGGGCGCCCCACCGGCAGCAGCGGCACAGCCCCGGGGACCAGGGCCACCAAGGCCACCGGGAACCCAACCGGGGCAGGCCAACACCGGGUCACGGGGACGAGGGCGAGCGCAGCGGGACACGCGGACGAACGCCAGGCGGAACAGGAGGACCAGGACACGCGGAGCCCCACGGUCCCGGGGGAGGACAGGGAUCCAACCCGGGACGGGCCCCGGGACAACAAGAAGACCAGACCCGGCGGCGGGAGCGGCGCGGAAACGCAACACUAGGCCAGGCGGCAGCCGCAGGCCCCAGGCCGCGCAGCACGGACCGGGGGGCACCAAGCACCGACGACGCCCGGGGGCCCCAGGGGGGAGGCCAGGGCGGAGAGCCGGCAGGGGAGCGGGCAGCACCCAAGCCCAAAAAAGGCUCGUCGCAGGCCGCCAGGGCAUGGCCAGGAGAGGGAAAGAGGGGGGGGACACAAGCACCGCCACGCCAGAGGCCGACACUGCGGCCAGAAGCGCGGCGCCGCAGCACACGGGAACGGCCCAAAACCCCGGGACCCGGCAAGACGCGGCGCGGAAGACCCGACACCCAGACAGCCCCGCACACAGGCCACCCGAGGCGCAGAAAUACCAACAACCGAGGGGGGGGCCGGGCCGGCGGCGGGCGCGCCGGGCGGCCGCGGCCCGACGCGGGCCCGCCACCCGGGCGGGCGGCGGGGGGGCAGGGGCCGGGAAAGCCGGAGGGACACCCGGCGGCGGGCAAACCACAGGGAGGCACCCGGCGGCGACCGGCAGGAGAGGCGGAAGCGCAGCAGCGGCCCAACGGCAAACGGGCCACGGACGGGAGCGCAAGCGGAGACCACCAGACGGAGGGAGACGGGGGGAAGGGACGCAGGAGAAGGGGAGGCGGCGAAAGGGACAGACAUGCUCACAGAACGAGAGGAGGGGGAAGCGCGGCAAGGGACGCAGACCAAGCAGGGAAUGGAGGACAGGGACGGGUGGAACACGGCAAGCGGCCAGGAGGGGACAACAGAGAAGCAACAAGUGGAGGGACACAUCGGGGCGCAGAAGGAGGAACAGAGCGCAGAGGAGAGCCGGGACGGGGCGGGGGGGCCGCAGCCGGACAAGAACAGGACGGCCCGAGCGGGAGGGGCCGGCGACACCGGGGGCGGGAGCAAAAGGAAACCGGGCCAGCAGGGGCGAACCAGGGGGCAGGGGGGAAAAGGGGUAACCGGGGCCUGGGGGAGAAGGCACCAGGGGGCGGACCGAGCGAAGCGGGCCAGAACGGGAACGGAGGCCAGGCGGGGGCAGACCAGGAGGAGGCACCAGCGGGCCAGGGACGCAGAAGCGCCGGAAAAGGGAAGGGCGCGAAAGAAGGAGGAGAGCGAAGAGGAAAGGAGGGGGGGCCACCAGCGACCCGGGAGGAGAAACGGAUGGGCCGCGGAGAAGGCGGGAGGAAGGGCGAAGGCCGGAACGGCGGCCGCGCAGCGGCGGCGGCGGCGGGGAGGCCGAGGAGGGCCGGGACCGGGACGUGGCAGGCGCGCGGCGCGAGAAGCGGCGGCCGGCGGAAGCAGAAGGGCUGCGGCGCUAAAGCAGGCAGGAAGGCCCCAACGGGAGGGACCCGCGGGACACGGGGGCCGAAGAGGGUGGAGGGAAGCACGGGGAGAAGCAAGGACGCGCGGAGGGGCACAGCAGGAACACGGAAGAGGGAACGCGGGGAAGGAAGACACAAGGAACAACAAGAAGGACAGGGGCCAAGAGAAGAAGGCAGAGGGCAGCCAGGCCGCGGCAAACAGAGCGGCGGGCCGGGGAGCCGGGCACGGAGCGGGCAAAGGGAGGAGGGGCGCGGGGGCAGAGACCCGAGGGCCGCGAGCCCCCCGGGCCCACGGCAGAAGGAGAGGAAAACAGGAGGGGCCCGGGGAGCCACCAGAGGCCCGGAGACAGGAAGCCCACGGAAAGGGAGGAGCGGGAAGCCAGGAAGGCCAGGAAACCGGCGGGAGCCCGCACAGCAGGACAGGGACAGACCCACGAAGCCACAGCCAGAGGGGGGGGGGAGGGGAAGGCAAACGGAGGGGCGCCACAAGCGAGCGCCGGGAACCCAGGACGCCAGGACGGGGCCGCAGGCCCAGACGCCAGGGCAGAAAGAACCGGGCCCGGCCCGGCCAGACAGGGGGCCCAGGGCGGGCGGGGCGGGGAAGGGCCGCCGCGCCGGGGGAGCGGGGGAGGAGCAAAGGCAGCAUAAGUCAAACGGGGAGGAAGGGGCGCGCCAAGGGCGGACGGCAAGGAACCGGGGCGGCCCGACCCGGAGCCAACGGCGGGAAAGGAGAGGCGAAGGGACGGGGGAGCGGGGGCAAAAAAGGGAAGGGAAGGGAGAGGCCACGGAGGACAGGGAAGAAACAGGGGGGAGCGCGAGGGAAGCGCGGAAAAGAGGAAACCAGAGGACAAAAAGGAAAAAAGAAACAGCAGGAGGAAGGCACAGAGGGGCGCCAAGGGGCGGGAAAAAGGAGAAGAACAACAACAACAACAACAAAGCAAGAAAGGACGCGGGAAAGGCCGAAGAGGAGGGGAGGGCGGGGAAAGAGAGAGGGAAAAACAAAGCAGGGGCCAGCAGGAAGAGGGGGAGGCCGGAGGACGGGGCAGACCAGGGAGAAGGAACGGCAGUGCGGGCGGCCCGAAGCAGAAGGCCGGGAGGCCAGAGACACACGGGGGCGCGGCACAUCAGAGGCGCCACAGCGGGGACCCGGCCGGACAGAACCCCAGACGAGGGAUGA